GAAAAGUUCAAUAAAUCAAUUUUACACUUGUCUCCAUAGCUGAGCUCUGAAUUCAAAAAUGGAAAACAAAAGCCUCUCGGUCUCUCUGUAGCUCUUCUGUUUCCUUUUUUCCUGCAUCAUUUUCCUCAUCGGAACCCUAAAUCGCCAUUGAUCUCCAGUGAUUUUCUUGUCGCUUCUUUUCGCCUUCCGAAAUCAAAAUUUCCACAUUGUUUGGUAUUUGAUUUGACUGAAAAUGGUGGCUCAGUCCUUGGACUCUGUUGAUAACGGGAAGCUUGGUUCCCGAGUUAAUAGCGAAAAGAAGAGUCCCAAAGGGAACGUAGAGGUGGUGGUUUCUUCUCAAAGGAGAGUAAGUGCGAGGAUUCAGGCGACGAAGCAGAGAGCAGAGAAGAAGGAAUUGGUGAGGAAAAGAGUAGAAUUGUUGGAUGAUAAUGAGGGAGGAAGUAAGAAGAGGAACAUUAGAAGAAUGGUAAAUGUGGAGAAUGCGAGCGAAGAGGUUGUUGUGGAUAAGAAGGUGACUGAUGUUUUUGGGUCUAGUGAAUUGGUAAAGUCUGCGGGAGAAGUACUGAAAGCUAAUAUUGGUGGGCAAAAUGGGGUUGUGGGUAAUGAGGGUGGUGGAGGUGGUACCACAGAGAAAAGCGUAUUUGCUAGGGUUAAGGAAACUCUGAGGUUAUUUAACAAGCAUUAUCUGCAUUUUGUCCAGGAAGAGGAGAAGAGGUGCCAAAAAGAAGUUGAUAAAAAAGUUUCCAAAAGUUCAAAAUCAAAGAAAGGAAUUGCAAUUGAAGCUGAUGCUAAGAAAAAGGCCAAGCGUCCUGAUUUAAAGGCAGUAUCUAAGAUGAUCGAGACUAAUGCUGUAAUGUACCCGGAGAAAAGAAUUGGUGACCUUCCAGGUAUCAAUGUUGGACAUCAAUUUUAUUCAAGGGCUGAAAUGGUUGCUGUUGGUUUCCAUAGCCAUUGGCUGACUGGGAUUGAUUACAUGGGCAUGUCCUACAACAAGGUAUAUGGUAACUAUACGUUCCCUCUUGCGGUAGCCAUUGUUUUGUCAGGAGUGUAUGAGGAUGAUCUAGAUAAUGCAGAGGAUGUUAUUUAUACUGGUCAAGGUGGGCAUGCUUUAAAUGGAAAUAAGCGUCAAAUACGGGACCAAGUUAUGGAGCGUGGUAAUUUGGCACUCAAGAAUUGUGUGGAGCAAUGUGUGCCUGUGCGAGUUAUUCGUGGCCAUGAAUCUGCCAGCAGCUACAGUGGCAAGCUUUACACAUAUGAUGGGCUGUACAAGGUUGUGCAAUAUUGGGCAGAGAAAGGGAUAUCUGGUUUUACUGUGUUUAAGUAUCGGCUAAGGCGACUGGAGGGACAGCCAACAUUGACCACUAACCAGGUCCAAUAUGUUUAUGGACGUGUUCCCCAAUCAAUUUCUGAAAUUAGAGGGUUGAUAUGUGAGGACAUUAGUGGGCGUCAAGAGGAUGUCCCAAUUCCAGCUACAAAUUUGGUUGAUGAUCCACCUGUUCCACCAACAGAUUUCACAUACUUCAAGUCUAUACAAGUUGCCCAGAACAUAAAGAUCCCAACUAAUGCCUCUGGCUGCAACUGCAAAGGAGCUUGUAUGGACCCUCGGACAUGUGCUUGUGCAAAGCUUAAUGGCUGUGAUUUCCCCUAUGUGCAUCGGAAUGGUGGCAGGCUUAUCGAAGCCAAGGCUAUUGUUUUUGAAUGUGGUCCAAAUUGUGGCUGUGGACCUCAUUGUGUCAAUCGAACGUCCCAAAGAGGACUGAAGUAUCGUUUUGAGGUUUUUCGGACCCCAAAAAAAGGUUGGGCUGUUAGAUCAUGGGAUUUCAUACCUUCUGGAGCACCAAUCUGUGAGUAUGUGGGAGUACUAAUGAGAACAGAAGACUUGGAUAGUAUCUCUGACAAUAACUAUAUUUUUGAAAUCGACUGUUUGCAGACAAUGAGGGGGAUUGGUGGAAGAGAGAGGCGACUUGGAAAUGUAUCAGUGCCAACAAUUAACAACACAGAUGGACCUGAUGAUCAAAAGUUGGAAAGUGUGCCAGAAUUCUGCAUUGAUGCAGGUUCCACAGGAAAUAUUGCCAGGUUCAUUAAUCAUAGUUGUGAGCCUAAUCUGUUUGUUCAGUGUGUUUCAAGCUCACACCAUGACCUCAAGCUUGCUCGGGUAAUGCUAUUUGCAGCGGACAACAUACCCCCUUUGCAGGAGCUUACGUAUGACUAUGGCUACGCUCUUGAUAGUGUCACUGGUGCUGAUGGGAAAAUCAAACAGAUGGCAUGCUACUGUGGUGCAGCGGAUUGUCGGAAGCGCUUGUUCUAGUUGGUCAUGUAAAGUUCUAUUCAUCUAAUGCUGCUCUUUUGGCUAAACAAAUACUGGGCAUUACUGCAAUAACAAUAAGUUGAUCUGUUGUAUAUCUGUUCUCUGAGUAUCUUCUGUUGUAGCCUUUAAGCCCUGGUUCUCCCUUUUUUUGUUGGGUUCAUGUCCUUUGAUUAAACCAGGAGUGCCACACACCAAACAAUACAAGGAUACUAUAGUUCAAAGCAAUGAUGAAAAAAAAAAAGGAAAAGAAGAAAAGAAAAGAAAAAAGAAAGAGGAAACUUUGUGCACUAUUUUUGUGGAAGCUCAUGGAGAGGAAAACAUCAUUGACAACGCAUACAUUUCAAUAUUUUUGAAUCAGUGUUUGCAUUAUAUUGUGUAUAACUUCAACUGAAUUUCUAAAAAUUUGCUUCUUUAUCGGUGGUCGAUGUCUAA